AUGCCCGACCGACCUCACUCUCACACUGCUCGUAUACUUCAUUCAUCCAAUACUUGUCACGUCUUCGUAAUUAAACGUGUAAAACUGAAACGAUCACGAACCGCCAGUGACAGCAGCAGCAGCAGCAAACGUGCUCAUGUGGACGAAGUUCCAUUCCCUGAUUUCUUCCAGCAAAUCUUGGUUGAUCUAGACAACCAGAUCGAGAUGGAAAGGGCUCAAGCGCAGCUCGAAUAUGCGCCUAAUUCAGAAUUCGGUUCAACCACCCAAAACGUUCAAGGAGGCGACGGUAGCGUUCAAACGGCACCCGCCACACAGGACACUCAGUCUUUAGAGGAGGAGGAGACCAACCUGCCUGACCCGUUUGAGGAGGAGAUCAACCUACCUGAGUGGUUUGAGGAUCUACUUGAUUUUGGCAAUGAGUUGCUCAAACCAUGGAGUCAGAGCGGAGAAGGUGAAUAA